UUGGCUGAGGUGCCCUGGGCGGUGGCGGCGGCCGCGCAUGCGCGGGGCGGCAGCGGGCGGGCGGCGGCGGGAGCCGCGCGCGCUCCUCCGUUCCCCCCCCCUCCAACCGCUCCCCGGGAGACCGUUAACGGCCGCCCCCCAACAUGGCGGGCAAGGAAGCGCUGGAGGACACGGUGGAGGAGCGCGUCAUCAGCGAGGAGUACAGGAUCUGGAAGAAGAACACGCCGUUCCUCUACGACCUGGUGAUGACACACGCGCUCGAGUGGCCCAGCCUCACCGUGCAGUGGCUGCCCGACGUCACCAGAUUGACUUAAUGUUCAGUUUAAAACCUGGUAUUUCCAAUUACCCAGUGUCAAAAUAUGUAAGCCAUUUAAGGCAAGGACUGUCUCUUUGUAUGGCACCUGACAUGAUGGGACACCUGUUCCUGAUGCAACUCCCCAAAGAAGUUUGGAUCCUGAGUUCUAUUGAUGCUAGCUCUCUAGAUUCCAGAACUAAGCAUGUGAUUUUAUUCCAUGAAUUAAUUAUUCCAAACAGGCCAGAAGGAAAGGAUUACGCGCUGCACUGGCUGGUUUUGGGAACACACACCUCUGAUGAACAGAACCACCUGGUUGUUGCAAGAGUCCAGAUUCCCAACGACGAUCAGUUUGAUGCUUCUCAACAUGACAGUGAGAAAGGAGAGUUUGGUGGCUUCGGAUCUGUGACUGGCAAAAUUGAAACGGAGAUUAAAAUUAACCAUGAAGGUGAAGUAAACCGUGCUCGUUACAUGCCACAGAAUCCCUGCAUCAUUGCUACAAAAACGCCGUCCGCUGAUGUGUUGGUGUUUGACUACACUAAACAUCCUUCAAAACCAGACCCAAGUGGAGAGUGUAAUCCAGACCUCAGAUUAAGAGGGCACCAGAAAGAAGGCUAUGGUUUGUCAUGGAACUCAAACUUGAGUGGACAUCUUCUCAGUGCAUCAGAUGAUCACACUGUGUGUUUAUGGGAUAUAAGCGCUGGACCAAAAGAAGGCAAAAUCGUUGAUGCAAAAGCAAUCUUUACUGGGCAUUCUGCAGUAGUAGAAGAUGUGGCGUGGCAUCUGCUCCACGAGUCUCUGUUUGGAUCUGUGGCUGAUGAUCAGAAGCUUAUGAUUUGGGACACAAGAUCUAAUACAACGUCAAAGCCAAGUCACUCUGUAGAUGCUCAUACAGCUGAGGUCAACUGCCUGUCCUUCAAUCCAUACAGCGAGUUCAUCUUAGCAACUGGUUCGGCUGACAAGACGGUGGCUCUGUGGGAUCUUCGAAACUUAAAAUUGAAACUCCAUUCUUUUGAGUCUCAUAAGGAUGAAAUUUUUCAGGUUCACUGGUCUCCUCAUAAUGAAACAAUUCUUGCUUCGAGUGGUACUGAUCGUCGGCUUAAUGUGUGGGAUUUAAGUAAAAUUGGAGAAGAGCAGUCUGCAGAGGAUGCGGAAGAUGGGCCUCCUGAACUCUUGUUUAUUCAUGGAGGACACACUGCCAAAAUUUCAGACUUCAGUUGGAAUCCUAAUGAGCCUUGGGUGAUCUGCUCUGUAUCGGAGGACAACAUAAUGCAGAUAUGGCAAAUGGCAGAAAACAUUUACAAUGACGAAGAACCAGAUAUAGCACCAGCAGAACUGGAAGGUCAAGGGACGUAACUUCUCUUCCUUAAGAAAGUACUAGAUGUGACAUAGUAAUAUAAUUUGACUACUGUAUAAAUUUAAGGGGGAAAAAAAAGCAGAAGCAUUAUAUCAAAGCAAGAAUAUCCUUAAUCGGGCACAAAAAAGGUUGUAUAGUAAAAUUGUCAUGGGAUACCCUUGGUUAUUUGGGCACCUUGAGCUAUUGUAUACUGUACAGCAGUUAGCUUUUAGGGAAAAUAAGAGUGACUGAAUACCCGUGUCUAUAUUUUUAAACAAACUUAGUGGGUUCCUGUAAAUAAAACAGUUAAGUCUUCACUCUUCCCACAAUGAAAUUGCAAAAAACACAAGUUUUUAUUGAUAUGUAAAAAGAGCUUUUCACUUUUACAUAACACUUUUGGAUUGGCUUUGCAUAAAUAAAAUUUAUUAAAUAAAA